AAAAGAAGGCGGCGGAGAAGCAAACAAGAGAGCAACAGACAGAGAAGAAAGAAGAAAAAAUGCAGCCAGAGAUUUCAGAUCAUAUCUUCUAUUCGUUCCUCACCGGAGGAUUAUGUGCGUCGACGACUUCGACUUCAACCACCAGAACGUCGUCGUUUUAUCCUUUUGCCAUCGAAGACACGAUUUCUCAAGACAAAGCUCUUGCUUCUCUGAGGAACCACAAAGAAGCUGAACGAAGGAGAAGAGAAAGAAUCAAUUCUCAUCUCAACACGCUCCGCAGUUUACUCUCUUGUAACUCCAAGACAGACAAAGCCACGCUAUUAGCUAAAGUGGUUCAACGAGUCAAAGAACUAAAACAACAAACCCUAGGGAUCGCCGACGAAACAUUGCCGUCGGAGACAGACGAGAUUAGUGUUAUCAACUCUGAAGAGUACUGUUCCGAUAACGACGACGGUCGGAUCAUCUUCAAGGUAUCUUUUUCCUGCGAGGAUAGGCCAGAUCUCUUGCAAGAUCUCAUGGAGACACUCGACUCUCUUCAGAUGGAGACUCUCUUUGCUGAUAUGACAACAGUCGGUGGUCGAUCAAGAAACGUACUCGUCGUGGCCGCCGACAAAGAGCGUCACGGCGUCGACUCGGUGCAGUUUCUACAGAACGCACUCAAGUCUUUGCUUGAACGGUCAAGCAAGUCGGUAAUGAUGGGACAUGGUGGUGGUGGUGGUGGUGGUGGUGGGGGAGAAAGGUUAAAACGACGUCGUGAGCUGGAUCACAUCAUCAUGGUGUGAUUUUGAUGAGACUCGAACAUUAUAUUCUUGUAGGAUUAUUUUUUUUUCCUUUUUAUCAUACAAUAUGAUUAACGUGGUUAUAAUUACAACAAACCUUUUGUGUGUGUUUUUUUCCCUCAACAAAAAAAAAAACACUUUAUAUUGGUUUAGUUAUAAGU